AUGAAUUUGACAUUUGCUUUUUAUUUUUUUCUAUUAAUGUUCGAGGUUAGUUUUGAGAAUGGAAUCAACGAGCAAGUUGUAAUUGAAACAUUAAAAAAUUUUGAAGUAAAUAUUUUGCGGCAAAUGGAAACUAAAGGUGAAGACAAUAUAAUUUUUAAAUACAUGUUCAUAGUAAAUAAUGGUGCAUUCGGCGCCUAA